AUGGGCAGCCAAGUUGCAUUAAUAAAGAUAAGGCAAGGAAGAGCUUGCAGACCGGAAUUUAGCUGGAGGAGAAGAGUUAACGAAAAUGAUAAGAUAGCCUCUCAAAGUUGCACCGAACACGGAUUGUGGCGGUAUUUUUAUUCCUACUUACGGUUGAGUUCCAAAGUUUUCUUCUUAUUUGCACUGGAAGCUGCCUUAGGAUGUAUGAGAAGGAGCUAUUUGCCAUGUAAAGUUAGAUUUAUCUUUAAAGUAACUCUCAUAACUUGGAAAUCUUUCUCCACUUCUAGGAUUGAGAUGGCCCGUUACAUCACUGGUUCACUAACAACUAAAAUUACUGGAACUACGUCCGUAUUAUAAUUCAUCAUGCAUGAUUGA